AUGUAUAAAGAUACAGUAGGGCUACAGAAACUAAUAUUCUGUGUUCCUCAGAGUCUGAGCAGCAGAACCACCAACAAUGGGCCGUACGUGUCCGGUCGGGACGACCGAGUGGAUCGUCGGCAGUUCUGCCAGUGGCCCUGUAAGUGUGGCCCCCGCACGCCCUGCGCCCCGGGGGUCAGCGCUGUGCUGGACGGAUGCGGCUGCUGUAAGAGCUGCGCUCGUCAGAUCGGAGAGAGAUGUAACGAGAGGGACGUGUGCGACCCUCACAAGGGAAUGUACUGUGACUUCUCUCGGGACCAGCCCAAGUACGAAGUUGGAGUCUGUGCCUACUUGAUGGCAGUGGGCUGUGAUCUGAACGGACGUCACUAUGAGAACGGAGAGGCCUUCCAGCCGAGUCCGCUCUACAAGUGCACCUGCAUCGGAGGAGCCGUCGGCUGCACCCCGGUUUUCAUCCAGAAGCCUGCUGCCCUCUUAGGCCCCGCCUCUUUGAUGGCCAGUGUCCCAGCAGGCCUCCAGAAUCCUGCCGGAGUUAAAAAGCACAGACAGGACACGACCUACAUGUCUGCUUACAGGGAUCCUCCUUUAGUCUGGAAGAAGAACUGCCUGGUCCAGAGCACGCCCUGGAGUCCGUGUUCCAAGAGCUGUGGCGUCGGCAUCUCUGUGCGCAUCAACAACAACAACAGCAAGUGCCACAUGAGGAAGGAGCGGCGGCUGUGUCUGCUGCGGCCCUGCGACCCGGCGCUCCUCAGAACCAUCAAGGCGCCAAAGGGAAAGACAUGUCGGCCCAGCUUCCAGGCCAAAAAGGCGGAGAAGCUGAGUCUGUCUGGAUGUACGAGCACCAAGAAGCUGCGGCCGCUGUACUGUGGCGUGUGCAGAGACCAGCGCUGCUGCGUGCCCAACAAGUCCCGCAUGAUCCCGGUCAGCUUCACCUGCAGAGACGGCUCCAGCGCGCAGUGGCAGAUGCAGUGGAUCUCUUCUUGCGUCUGUCAGAGGAAGUGCAGCGAGCCGGGGGACAUGUUCUCAGAGCUGCAUCUGCUCUGA